GCUUAAGGAAAAAAUUUACUGUAUAGCUAUUCAACUUGCAAUGUUACAUCAAACUGAGUGUUGGGAGAAAAAAUUUCAAAAAGAAAAUAAUGUCAAUGUGAUGGAGAGAAUCCUAUGUUGAAUGAGAUGGUGUGCUAGACAUGCUAUGAAUAGCAAUGAAUGCAUUUGAGAAAAGUUGAGGUAGCACCGAAUUUGUAAAAUAAUAGUAGGAUGUUGGCAUUGUUUGUGCUUUUGUGGAGAAAUAAAUCAAAUGGAGGGUAGACCUAUCAUUGAAAACAGAAAGAGAUUAAAAAGGUAAAACCAUUAAGAUUAAGAGGUCAAUGAAUAGUUUAUAGACAUGAUUAAAAUGGAACAUUAUGGAAUCACUUCUUUUAGAAUUUGGGUUAGAAUAUACCUUAACUCCACAAAACCAGUUUAUGAGAUGGGAUUGUCCUACUCUUGUGUACCUUAAUUUAGAUAUAUUUCUAGUUGAUGUAAAAUCUCGAACCAUCUUAUCCAUGCAAAUGGUCCCUCCCACUUAUUAGGAAAAGGCUAGGUUGUUGUUGCUAGUGUUAUUUAGCUGCAAAUAUAGUUAUAGGCUAUAGAGGUAAACGUUUCUAUUUUGCCUGAAUUUUAUCUUGGAAUUAUGGUGCGUCAUUUCUGCACUUCUGACUUGUAGAUUGUAUUGAUAGAUAUGUUGAUUUGUUGCUGGGGGAGUUUAAGCACUAUAAAACAAGACUUGCUCAUGGAGGAAUUCGUAUAGAGAUUCAAGGCCUAUUAUUGGAUUAUGGGCUUGAAAUUGUGGCAGAAACUCUUGUUGAAGGACUUUCAAGGGUGAAGAGAUGCAGUGAUGAAGGACGAGCUCUUAUGUCAUUAGAUCUUCAGGUUUUGAUUAAUGGAUUACAGCAUUUUGUGUCAGUGAAUGUGAAGCCCAAGCUUCAAAUGGUUGAAACUUUCAUCAAGGCUUACUACCUUCCCGAGACAGAAUAUGUGCACUGGGCUCGAGCACACCCAGAAUACACUAAAAGCCAGAUUAUUGGACUGAUCAACCUUGUUGCCACUAUGAAAGGUUGGAAGAGGAAAACCAGGUUGGAUAUACUGGAAAAGAUUGAAUGAGUAGCUGUCUUCUAUCGUGCAAGUAUUAAAAACGCUUUUCUCCAUGGUCAUUUGGAGGAGAAUGUUUACUUGGAGCAGUUUCUUGAGUUUGUUGCUCAAAGGGAGUUUAGUUUGGUUUGUAAGUUGCACUGCUCUCGCUAUGAUCUCAAGCAAUUACCAUGAGCUUGGUUUGGACAAUUUAGCUACAUUGUUCAAACCUUUGGACUGAAAUCUUGUGAAACAAAUCAUUUAGUCUUUUAGUGUCACACCUCUUAGAAAAUGUGUCUACGUAAUAGUAUCCCUUGAAGAUAUAGUCAUUAUAGAAAAUGAUGCUAACCAAAUAUCUCAGCUAAAGGAUCACUUGUGUAAACAUUUCUAAACUAAGGAUCUUGGAAGCCUCACAUACUUAUUAAGUAUUGAAGUAAGCUCAGUCAAAAGGUGUUGCAAUCUUUUAAAAGAAAUAUGCUCUACAUAUCCUAAAAGAGACAGGUAUGAUUACAACCUUUUGAGACCCAUCAUCCAUUGAUGAGAUCAACAUUGGCUUUCACUUGAACACUCGUAUCUGCCCCUUCCACCUUUCCUCCUUAACACUACUCCUCGUGGUGCAAGUCUGGACCUUCUCCUUGUGGCUUUUGCUUAGUUUUUCUUUUGUCAAACUUGCCCUUGGCCUUUCCUUUCCCAAACUGCGUAGAGAUGUUAUUUUCCAAGAUCUAGCCACCAUUUUGUGUUGUAGACUCCCUUUUUUAUCUUUGUUUCUAAACCUUGGGAUGUCAUGACAAUGUCUAGUUCCUUCUUUAACUUCCUUUUGUUACUGGUGAAUCUCACAAAACUGAACCUGUUAUAAUAUUGUUAGCCACCUACAGCCAACUUCUCUUCUCUUGCUCUCGCUUUUGUUGUAAUUUGUGAAAACAUAACAAUUGUAGAAA